CUUCUUUACUUUAUGGAUUGACAGAGUGCAUUAUUUAGCCAAUCUGCAUUAUUAAUCAAACCCUCAAUAUUUUUUUUUUUCCCAAACAUUUUAAACAAUGUCUUCAAAAUUUUGGGCAGAGUUGUCAAGUGAUUAUGAAAAACUUUUUAAAACAGAAUUAGGAUACGACGUUAUCAUUUAUGCUGGAGAAGAGUCAAACGUUAAAGAAAUUCAUGCACAUUCAAAUAUUUUGAGCAUCAGGUCUCAAUAUUUUCGUUCUGCAUUUUCUAACGAAUGGGCUGAAAAAAAAGACGGAAAAUUUAUUUUAAGAAAACCAAAUAUUUCACCUCACCUAUUUAAUAUCAUUCUCAGAUUUAUUUAUUGUGGAAAUAUUGAACUGAAGAAUUUACAAGGUUCUGAUGUAUUGAAACUCUUGAUAGCAGUUGAUGAACUUAAUAUUCAACAAUUGAUUUCUUAUAUUCAAGAAUAUUUGAUUGAACACCAAACUGAAUUUUUACAUCAAAAUCCAACUGGUAUUCUUGAAACUGUUUAUCAAUAUGAAUCAUUUACGGAUUUAUGGGAUUUUUGUCUUGAAAAAAUUUGUGAAAAUCCUAAAAUUUUAUUUAAUUCAGAUAAAUUUACUGAUAUAAAGGCUCCAUUAUUGGAAUUAUUGAUAAAACGGGAUGAUUUAAAUAUGGAAGAAGUUGAGAUUUGGGAAGGUUUAUUAAAAUGGUGUUUUUAUCAACAAAAUAUGAUAAAUGAUCCAACCAAAUGGAGUAAAGAUGAUGUUAUAAAAAUUGAGAGUUCAUUACAUAGAUUUAUUCCUUUAAUUAGAUUUCAUGAUAUUAAACCUAUAGAUUUCUUUUAUAAAGUUUAUUGUUAUAAAGAAAUCUUGCCUCAAGAAUUAAUUCAUAAUCUUUUAGAAUUUCAUAUAGUUCCUAAUAUGAAACCUAAAACUAAUGUAACAACUCCAAGAAAACAAAAUUUAAAAUUUAAUCUUGAUUCAACUUUAAUUGAAACAAAACACAUUCCUCUAUUUGCUUCAUGGUUAGAUAAAAAAAAUUAUUCACGUCAUAAUAAGAUUCCUUAUGAAUUAAACUUAUUAUAUCGUUCAAGUAGAGAUGGAUUUAAUGCUGCAUCAUUUCAUAAAAAUUGUGACAAUAAAGGAGCUACUAUUUGGAUAGCAAAAAUUAAAGGUUCAUCACAAUUAAUUGGAGGGUACAAUCCACUUGAUUGGAAUGGAAAUGGAGCGAAAAACACUGCUGAUAGUUUUCUAUUUAAUUUUACAGAUGGAAAAAAUACUUCUACUGCGAAAUUUGGUUAUGUCAUUCAUCCAAAUAAUGCUAUUUACUGUUAUCAUAAUCAAGGGCCUAGUAUGGGUAAUUUGUUUUGCCGCAGUUCUAAUAAUUGGUCUUUUUAUACAGGAGAUAUUUAUCCUGAUAUAGAUAUUUCAGCAGGAGAUUUGGCAGUGGAAAAUUAUGAAGUGUUCCAAGUAAUUAGUCGGUAAAAUAUUAUUUUUUUGUUAUGUAAAAUUUAGUUUAACGGGAAUGAAUUUUUUUUCUUAAAUAAAAUUUUCCUUUUAAAAUAUAAAUA